CGCAGCUCUGUUUGGUGCAGCAGCGCGCAGCUCGGUCGGUGCGAGAGGGCGCACAGCAGUGUAGUCAGCCGGAGACCCAGCAGACAUGUCGGAGAGUGGGAGUCAGGAAGCCGGCGGGGCCGCGGAGAACGGCGGCGGCAGCCCGACGAAGCGUGCACCCAGACCGGCCGUCGGGAACAGAGUGACCGUGGUGCUCGGGGCUCAGUGGGGCGACGAGGGGAAGGGAAAAGUUGUGGAUCUGCUCGCACAAGACGCGGAUAUGGUGUGCAGAUGUCAGGGCGGCAACAACGCAGGACACACAGUAGUGGUCGACUCGGUUGAGUAUGACUUCCACCUCCUCCCCAGCGGCAUCAUCAACCCCAAGGCCACCGCCUUCAUUGGCAACGGUGUUGUGAUCCACCUGCCAGGCCUGUUUGAAGAGGCAGAGAAGAAUGAACGUAAAGGAAAAGGUCUAAAAGAGUGGGAGAAAAGGUUGAUCAUCUCAGACAGAGCACAUAUUGUGUUUGACUUCCAUCAAGCUGUCGAUGGCGUUCAGGAACAGCAGAGACAAGAGCAAGCAGGCAAGAACCUCGGGACCACAAAGAAGGGGAUUGGUCCGGUGUACUCGGCCAAAGCAGCGCGCAGCGGUCUCAGGAUAUGUGACCUGUUGGCUGACUUCACUAAGUUCUCCGAAAGGUUUAAAGUUUUGGCCCAGCAGUACAAGGCGAUGUACCCGACUCUGGAGAUCGACAUAGAGGGAGAGCUUAUCAAAUUAAAGGACUAUGUGGAGCGGAUCAAGCCCAUGGUGAGAGACGGGGUGCACUACAUGUACGAGGCUCUUCACGGUCCUCCUAAGAAGAUCCUGGUGGAAGGAGCCAAUGCAGCGCUGCUGGACAUCGACUUCGGAACAUACCCAUUUGUGACGUCGUCCAACUGCACGGUGGGCGGGGUGUGCACAGGCCUAGGCAUGCCGCCUCAGAAUGUCGGAGAGGUUUAUGGGGUUGUCAAGGCGUACACCACCAGAGUGGGCAUCGGAGCUUUCCCAUCCGAGCAGAGCAAUGAGAUCGGCGAGCUGCUUCAAACCCGAGGGAAGGAGUGGGGCGUGACCACAGGCAGGAAGAGGCGGUGUGGUUGGCUCGAUCUGGUGCUCAUCAAAUACGCACACAUGAUUAACGGCUUCACCGCUUUAGCACUCACCAAACUGGACAUACUUGACGUGUUGUCUGAGAUCAAAGUGGGCGUAGCGUACAAAGUCGACAACCAAAUAAUACCACAUUUUCCAGCCAAUCAGGAGGUGUUGCAGCACGUUGAGGUCCAGUACGAGACGCUACCGGGCUGGAAAAGCGACACAUCGGCUGUGAGGAGCUUCGACGAGCUGCCUGAGAACGCCCAGAAAUAUGUGCGCUUCAUUGAGGAGCAUGUCGGAGUGCCUGUCAAGUGGAUCGGGGUUGGAAAGUCUCGGGAGUCCAUGAUCCAGCUGUUCUAGACGAACGAGAAACACAAGCAAGAUGAUGCACAGCAGCAAAUCUUCUUCCCCUCACACACACACAGCCUACCUACCUGUCUCAACUCUCCGACAGAGACAUGACCAUCAUGUCUGUUCUUAACGCUUUAUAUCAUCAGAAUGUCUCACGUUACAGACUGGACCUCUCUGGAUCAGACUCCCAUCAGACUGACCUCCCUGUAAAAACGGUCUCCAGCGUCUCCAUCUGGAGUUUUUUAACUUUUAGACAACAGUUCAACGGUCAAGUCCCUCUUUUAAUUUGUCCCCGUUUAUAUCGUAGCUGUUUAUCUCAGACAUGCAACACACUCGGCAACACCAGCUGCCAUCAGGUCUGAGAGGACAUGAGGGAACUGACUCAGCACACACACACACACACACACACACACACACACACACACACACACACACACAGUAACACUCCCUGGAGGAACUAAACGUAGACGUUUGGUUGGUCAAACUUUUGUUCACAUGUAUUUUUGUUAAUUUAUGCUGUGGUUUAAAUGCACUGUGCCACUCUGGUGUAAAUCAAGAUUUAACCUCUGCACUUUAGAUGCUCUGGACUCCAUCUGCUUCAUGUUUUAUUCUGCCAGGUGUACAACACAUCCUGACACCAUAAAGGGAUCCUUUCAUAUUUUUAACGUGUCUUUUUGUGUUUGUUUUUUCGUCAUCAGACACAUGUUUGGGGUUCUCAUAUUGCCUUGUCAUUCAACCAAAAAAAAAAAAAAUUAAAGUUUCUUGUAGCGAGUGAAUGCUUCCACUGAAUGCUGUUGAUGAAAUGUUGACGUACAUCAUAUUGUACUGUGAGAAGGCUCAUGGUGAGUUUUUCAUGGAGCAGAGAUAUAACUGGUGUAACAAUCCCUUCUUUCAAAUGGAAAUCAAUAUACUCGGCCGCAAUAUUUCCUCUCACGUUCUUGUGAUUGUUUAUUGCACUUUCAGUGCAGUGCUCUGUUCAAGUGUGUGAGACAUCAGUAACAGCUUUGACACGAAGAAAAGUAAAUAUUGAUUGAUAAAUACUGUAUGAGAUGGUCAUCUUUUCUCUAUUUUUGGUGCAGUCUUCUGCCAUCAGUAUACCGCACAUCUUUAAAACCUAAAAAAGGUCUUGGAUUUCAUUUUGCCUUCAAAAUAAAAGCUGGCACUCUUCAGCGUUGCACCAAUGAAAAAAAGCCCCGUCCAUAAAAGCCCGUCAGUGUGGCCUUCUGGUUCAAAUGGUAAUGUGUCUGAUGCUGCGUUCACGCAAUGUCGGCAGAAAUCGCCUUAAAUAGCUACUUCUGCAGUAUUUAGAGCUAUUUGUUAGCAAGAGAAAUCAUAUAAACUCUAUAUCCUUUUUUAAAUUGUCUGAAAUCAAUUAUAUCAGUGAUUCUGGAUGUUAUUUUUGAUGCAACUGCCAGCAAUUGUGACUCUCAAGACUUUUUUCCAAAGUUUUGUUGGUGAUAUUUGACUCAGAAUAACGAGCAGGAGACUGACAUGUUUUUCUGAUUUGGUUGCUGAUAAUUACAGUCUUAACAAUAUCCAGUUUUUUUUUUAUCCUAUCCAGUUUGUGGUUUAAUUCAGUUUUGUAUAGAGAAUGUGAAUGUAAUGUCAUUCCAUGUUCACAUUUUUGGACGAAGGCAUGAUUUUGCAGAAUCGAGCUGUCUUACUAGCAACAGUCUUUGGAAGAACUAAUUGUAAUAAACAACAUACAUUGAUAUGACUUUGCAGCCCAGGGCUGGAUUACA